ACUCAAUUAAAAAAUUAUAAAACAUAAAAAAAAGAACGUAGACUUACUUGAUUACGCUUGUAUUGAAGUCCUCUCUCCUCCCAGGGCGCUCUAUCUCUCUGUCACUCUUUCUCAUAGUCACGCAGUAGCUGACUAGUCCGACUGAACUCCAACCGUCGACAAACCCCUCCAACAGCCGAGUCCGGCGCUGAGUUCCCUCCAAUUGACGAACGUAAGAUUUGUGUUACUCUGGAACCUCUUGAGCUUGAGCUUGUGAAAGAAAAUGGUGGCUGCUUUGAGAGCCGUAAGCAGGUCACUGAGACAUUACAAACCCAGAACCUCUGCAUUUCCAGAGAGUCAGCAAUGGAUUUACGUAGCUCGCCGCAGUCUAAUUUUGGAUCAAGCACCUUCUCACUCCGUCAGCCUUCACAGACUCUCUGACUCUGAUUCAGGGAUUGUUGAGGUUAGUUUGGAGAGGCCUGAGGUGAGAAUCAGUAAGGACUCUUCUGCUAAUGUUUUGAUGAUCCGCAGCAAAGUGCCCAAGGUAUUCUGUGCUGGCGCGGAUUUGAAGGAACGCAAAAUGAUGAGUUCAUCUGAAGUUCGAGAUUUUGUCAAUACGCUGCGUGCCACAUUCUCGUUUUUAGAGGUACUUUGUAUUCCUACUAUUGCUGUUAUUGAAGGAGCAGCAUUGGGCGGUGGACUUGAAAUGGCUUUAUCAUGCGAUCUCCGGAUAUGUGGAGAAGAAGCAGUGAUGGGCUUGCCAGAAACAGGACUUGCUAUAAUUCCGGGGGCAGGUGGAACACAGCGACUUCCUAGAAUUGUGGGAAAAGCAUUAGCAAAGGAACUCAUAUUCACUGGCAGGAAGAUUGGUGGCAGAGAAGCAAUGUCGAUUGGUCUGGUAAAUUACUGUGUUCCUGCUGGUGAAGCUCAUCUAAAGGCACUUGAAAUUGCUCGCAAUAUAAAUGAGAAAGGUCCCAUAGCAGUAAGGAUGGCAAAAAAAGCUAUUGACGAGGGCCUGGAGGUACAUAAGACCUCAGCUUUGGCACUAGAAGAAGAAUGCUAUGAACAAACCUUGAGCACAAAUGAUCGCUUGGAAGCCCUAGCAGCAUUUGCUGAGAAGCGCAAGCCAAGGUAUACUGGAGAUUAAGAUGAUAAAAUUGCAAUAAAUCUGUCUUGGAUGAGUUUAUUUGUGUUAUGAAAAUAAAGUUACUUGUCAGCAAUGAGAAAAGGACUGGUUCAUAGAGGCCCUAAUUUUAUUAUGAUCAUAAUCUACCAUUAUCUCUAUAUAUGAAUGAAUUUAGAGGUCGAUGAAAUGUUUUUCAUGGGUUUAUGAGAAAUUACUUGUAUUCAGAAUUAUCGAACAUGUUUAUUAAUGAGUCAAUUAAAUUCACUCUUCAA